CACUAUUUAGGGCUAAGGGAGAUUCUGGAGACAACCUCUGUCCCAUCACCGUUACAUUACCUCGGCCUUCACAUUGAGAUCUGAUCGAGAGCACUGCGAUGUCUCCGCCGGCAGCUUUGGACAUGGAUACCAACGGCAUUGGCGCUCCUAAGCCGUUGACUGUCGAUGGAAUUGCUGCUGUGAGGGCGAAGAGCGCCCCAAUGCCUGCUGGGGUUGCUCCUGCUACCAGUAGUGAUAUGUUCAAGAGUCCGGCCUGUUACACCAAACCAAAGGCGAAGAGAUGGGACAAUUUCUUCACUCUUGAAGCUAAGUCACGAAAGACCUCGACAUUAAAAGGAGCGGCGAAGUUUUUGAAAAACCCAGGCCUUAUUUCCUUGGGUGGCGGGCUGCCCUCCCCAGAAUACUUCCCGUUCGAAGAACUCUCUUUCAAAGUGCCUACCCCGCCUGGCUUUUCCCCCGAAGCAACGCGACAGUCCGGCACUACUUUGGUCGCCGGAAAACAUGAUAUUCGUGAGGGCAAGAGCCUGUACGAUCUUGAGGUUUCUCUGAACUACGGGCAAUCGACUGGAUCCCCUCAGCUGCUCCGAUUUGUGACGGAACAUACCGAGCUCAUUCAUAACCCCCCAUACUCUGACUGGCAAUGCGCUUUGACUGCCGGAAGUACCUAUGCCUGGGAUACAGCUCUCCGGUUGUUCUGUGAAAGGGGUGAUUACCUUCUGAUGGAAGAGUAUACUUUCUCUAGCGCCCAAGAAACCGCCCUUCCCCAGGGAGUCAACGUUGCCCCCGUUAAGAUGGACGAACAAGGACUUCUGCCUGGAGACCUGGAUGAUGUCCUGAGCAACUGGGAUGAGAAAGUCCGCGGUGCUCGGAAGCCUUUCGUUCUCUAUACCAUCCCGACCGGCCAGAACCCCACAGGCGCUACGCAAUCCGCAGAACGGCGAAAGGAGAUCUACAAAGUCGCUCAGAAGCACAACAUUUAUAUCAUUGAGGACGAGCCGUACUACUUCUUGCAAAUGCAGCCGUACACAGGAGCCGAUAGUGCGCCAGUGCCGCCUCCUGCGAACCACGAAGAAUUUGUCAAGUCCCUUAUUCCUUCAUAUCUGAGCAUUGAUGUCGAUGGCCGUGUUCUUCGUGUUGAGUCAUUCUCCAAAGUCCUGGCCCCUGGCUCGCGUACCGGCUGGGUCGUCGGCUCUGAGCAGGUCAUUGAACGCUUUCUUCGAAACACCGAAGUUUCCGCCCAGCAUCCGAGCGGUAUCUCCCAGCUGAUGCUCUUCAAGCUGUUGGAUGAGCACUGGGGACACCUUGGGUACUUCGAUUGGCUUAUCAACCUGCGCAUGCAAUACACCAACCGCAGAAAUAUUAUGGUUCAAGCAUGCGAGAAGCAUCUUCCUCAGGAGAUUGCUAGCUGGAUCGCCCCUGCAGCGGGCAUGUUCCACUGGAUUCAAGUGGACUGGAAGAAGCACCCUGAACUCACAUCUGGUAAGACUCGCGACUCCAUCGAAGAGGCUCUUUUCCAUGCCGCUAUCAACAACGGCGUCCUUGUGUCGCGUGGAAGCUGGUUCAAGGCCGCUGGAGCAAGCGAAGACAAGCUUUUCUUCCGUGCUACAUUCGCGGCUGCCAGUGAGGAGAAUAUCACAGAGGCGAUCAGGAGAUUUGGUGAUGCGCUCCGGGUUGAGUUCAAGCUAUAGACAUUUAUACAGAUUUCGAUAAGCGUCUCCGAACUACAAAUGCUUUCAACUUGAAAUAUAGAUCGCAAGCUAGUAGGUACCGGUACUAGUGGGAUAGAUUUUCCUCCUUG